AUAUUGGCAAUGGCAGAGAAAGUUAUCCACCCAUUGCGGUAAUAUAAAAACGAUUAGCGCUUCCUAGCUCGUAUCAUUUUAUACGUACCCAUGCUCGCGAUCGAUACACAUCGCUCACUAUGCAACACUUAUCGGCGGCAUUCCUGAUCACAGCGUUAGCGAUCGCCGUCAAUGGGCGUGUUGUGGGCGCGCACAAUGCCACCAGCGACCAGCUGGCGCUGGAGGCCAGCGCAGCGAUAACCGUCGUCGAGGGGCCCCAGGACAAGCCGCUGCCAGAGCCCCAGGUCUUGCCGCUACCGGAGCCCCAGAACAAGCCGCUACCAGAGCCGCAGGUUAACCCGCUUCCGGAGUUCAAGCCUCUACCAGAGAUACAGCAGGACAAAGCACCGUUGCCCCUAGCUCCGGUUAAAGCGAACCAGACCAACAGCCCAGAGCUGAGACCCCCGAGCAAACCCCCCAUCGUCCCUCCCAAAUACUACCGAGACGUACCAAAGCCGUAUUACAAAAACCAGCAUCCAGCGCACCCCCGCCUCUACACGAAAAACCAGCUGAAGCAGUUAGCAAUCUACAAGCAAAACGCGAGGCUCAUGCAACGCGGUAACCUCUACUACAACCAACCGCCCCGUCAGCAGCUCAUGUUCGCCGCGUCUACCGCCAGACCAACCGUAGCAAAGUACAGCAUACCAGUGCAAACAAUUAACGGCAUACGCACAGAGUUCGUGCGACCGCCCCAUUUUGUUAACAUCACGACGACAACUAGCACUCAGCCGCCGACUACGACGCGGAAGGUUCUUCGAACGAAACGGAUAUGGCCGAAGAGGAUACUCGAAAAGCUGAACACCACCCGCAUUGAGUCUGAAAAUCCUGGCAACGAUAGCGUCACAAAUAAAACACAGGUCGCUUCCUCGAAUCGUCUGCGUAUCAGUUACACGGAUAACUCUGUGUCCUCGACAACUCCACAACCGACUACCAGAGUUUACCGGCGAGUCACCAGGACAUCUAAAUAUAAAUACACAACACCGACUAGUUUCAACGACAUAGAACCGAACGACUGGGUGCCAAUCAUGCCCUCGCAUUACGCUAAUCGAAAAGCCUCCCAAACUCCAAUGAGCAGACGAUCAGAUAUAUACCUCGACAGCCAAUCCCAAGAAUCGAACGCGAGAAACUUAGUAUACCUCCAGUCGUAUGGAGCUGGUGUACCCAGGAAGAACAUGGUUUUUUUUCGUAAAAAGAAAAGACAACCACAUCAAUACGCAAUCCCUCAACAACAACAAUACGCAAUUCCUCAACAUCAUCAAUACGCAAUCCCCGCUGAGAACAGACCCAAAGCGAUCUACAACUUGCCGGCAGCGCGCGUGCCUGCAAAUUAUCUCUCGCCCACUUUGACCUACGACGGCCACCAGCCGGAUGAGAGCAAAGAUAACGUCCUCACGAAAGUCAAGCAUCAUCACCAUCAUCACCACCAUCGGUACGUAAAAACUGUGGAGAAACCUGUCAACGUACCCUAUAAAGUCGAAGUGCCGAAACCGUAUGCGGUAGAAAAGAAAGUUCCGGUGCCGGUGCCAGUGGAAAAAGUCAAAGUUGUGGAUAGGCCCUACCCUGUUACAGUAGAAAAGAGAGUCCCCUACCCCGUCACUGUUAGAGUCCCGCAACCUGUUCCCGUCAAAGUAGUAGAGAAGGAGUACGUCCCCAAACCUUACCCCGUGGUCCAUCACGUCCCCGUCGUGAAACACGUAGAAGUGAAGGUCCCGCAACCCGUCCCCGUGCCUGUUGAGAAAAAGGUACCUUAUCCCGUGCAAGUGCCCGUCACCGUCGAGAAGCAAGUCCCUUACCCGAUCCCGGUCGAGAAACAAGUGCCCUACCCUGUCCCGUACAAAAUUUACGUCCCCCAACCUUACCCCGUCGAAAAGAGAGUUCCCUAUCCAGUCAAAGUGAGAGAACCAGUAGAAGUUAUCAGACACAUAAAAGUACCGGUGCUCCGACCGUACCCCGUAAAAGUCCCCCAACCUAUACCCAUCAGGAUCGAGAAGAGGGUCCCCUAUCCAGUCAGAGUGGAGAAGAGAGUCCCCUUCCCCGUCGAAGUUUUCGUUCCUCAAAAGAUCCACGUAGAGAAAAAGGUGCCGAUUUACAUCCCCAAACCUUAUCCCGUAGAAAAGAAAGUUCCCUAUCCGGUCAAAGUCCCGUACCCUGUAAAAGUGCCCGUAAAAGUACCAGUCGAGGUUCCCGUACAGGUGCCUGUGUAUAUCCACCAUCCUUUUCAGAUCCUAAACCAGCAGGAGGCCGCGGCGGGCAGCGAGAAUCGGUACUACAAUAGCCAGUACGAGGCCGGCGCGUCGGAGAAUUCCUACCACAACGACGGCGUAUCGGAGAGUUCGUAUCACAACGACGGAGUGUCGGAGAGUUCGUAUUACAACGACGGAGUGUCGGAGAGUUCGUAUUACGGAGACGAAGACGCGGAUCGGAUCGGACGCUCUGGUUCUGACAGCGUGACAACUAACCCAUUGCAUUCCGCAGUGACAGUUCACGGGAACACGGGUUACAACGGCGUUAUAUCGCGUUCUGACAGCGAGUCGACUACGUUACAGCCAGUGACCUCGACUACCGCGACUACAAACUUGUAGUACACUGAACACUAGUGACAAAGUGAAUUUGUUUGUGCAAGUAAACUCUGUGUAGAAGUUGAUGGGAGAUGCUGUGAUAUUUGAUGAGUUAUCAUUAGCUAUUUUAGUCCCACCAUGUGGCUGCCGUUCCAUGACAUUGCACCGUAUAUCCACAUACAUUAUUUUGUAGAAUAAUGUCCUCGCACAUGGUUACAUAUACUGGCAUUUAAAUAUUUUUUUAUGAGUCAAAAAUCCUGAGGACUGUUUUUAGCAAAUAGUAUUGUUUUUAGAUACAGUGUUCUGUCAUGGUACGGCAGGUGGCAUCUUUGCAAGUAAUUCCUUUAAAUAUUUAUUAAUUUAUUUACUAUACGUUGUUUACCGCCAAAUACAUAAGUUAUAAUAGAAA